AUGUAUUGUUACGAGCACACGGAGUCUGAGUUGGAAUGUUUGUUGACUCAUAGUUCGGCAAAAUUAAUGCAUUCGCCUUCAACAGCGAUCGAUAUUUGCACCGGAUUAUUGACGAAACCGACGGAGCAGAUCAAUAAACAACAGGACAAACAAACAGCACUAAAUGUUAAACGAAAUAAAGUCCCUCCCCCCGCUUUCCCUGCCCCCUUGCCCCUUGUCCCCUGUCCCCUGCCCCCACUAACGCGGUCGCUAUCAUGGGAAUAUCCAAGGAGACGGACCGCAUUGCAGGGAAGGGGCGGCUCGGGCACGGGUCUCCCGCUGCGCCGCUCACAGCUCACCCGUGCCCGUGCUUGCAGGAUGCACGCGGUCGGUCUCCACUCGGCGCUGGCCAUCCGCCGCGAGCGCAAGCGGCGCGCGGAACAGCAGCGCGCCCGCGAGCGACGCUACUCGCUACAGUCCUCAGAGUCCGGAGUCACCUCUCCCCACUGCUCGACCGGGAGCCUCGAGCGACGCCGCCAUCGGAAGACGGGGACCACCGACAAUGAGGUCGUCUCCUCGGUGGGCAUGCUCCAUCUCGGGGUCGUUUUUCUCGUCCUCGGCGUCUUCCUCGUCGCUUCCGGCUGGCUGCCCGAUGACGUCACGUCCUGGAGCAGCAUCGGCUCCGUCAGCUGGUUCAACGAACUCGUCUGCUCGGGACUGUUCGCUCUCUUCAUCGGGAUCUUCCUCAUAGCUUUGCACAAAUACCUGACCAAGUCAGAGGAGGACGCGCUGGAGGAUUACGUCCAGCGACAGUUGACCAGGUCCAGGUCAGGGCACAGACUGGAGAGAGACGCAGAGACCGGCGGCAUGAGGACCAAGGGAACACGGCGAGUACGAGCUACGGAGGUUCUACCGGAGACGAUCACUGAAACAUACACUGAGCCCUCGCCGGAUAGAGCUCAUGGGUUCGUGAACGCUCUGGCCAUCAACGGAGACGCGAUGAGGGAGACUCCUCUAGAACAGAUCGUGGAGGAGGAGAUGUCCGUCGCUUCGGAGAGCGAGAGGCGGCUGGGCAAGUUCAACAAGGACACGUACUCCACACCGUCGGUGGCGCCCAGCCUCAGCCCCGGCUCUCCGUCUGAUACUCGCGAGCUGCUCUCUGACGGACGGUACAUGAUCAUGUCCAGGAUGUGA